ACACAAACUCAAAACUCAAACACAACUCACACAGUUCCAUUAUUUGUUUCCAGAUCCAACUCAAAAUUGUUUAUAUAUGUGUGUCUCAGAAUAUAGCUAGGGCUUAGGAGAAGAUAGCACACACAAUCAGUGAAGUUUGCAAAGUUAAAAUGGAAGUUUUCUGGCAGAAAACAAUAGUUUCAACAAUAGUAGCACCUAGAUAAAUCUCAAAACAUGCAAUGGGAAUAGAAGAUACGGAUAUUUGUAUCAUCAAGGAGCCAGAUCGUGUUGUAGUUUAUUCCGAUGGUAUUUCCCAUGAUUUAGGUCAUGAAACUGGAAGUGAUCAUCACAAUAUUACAGAGUCUUAUGAGCAAAUCAAUGAAACUACUGAACAUCAUAGUUCAGAGGAGAGCACAAAGGAAUAUGAGGUGAAGGAAUGUACAACAGAAAUAUCUGUUAAGGCCUCUGAUAUCUCUAACAUUAAGAAAAGUGAGGAGAAGUUAACCUCAGAUUUCGAGGGUGUCCUCAGUGAGAAAAGUUUAAAAUCCCACAAAAUAAGGGGUAAUCACAAGCAGCGAGAUACUGUGAAGCAUGGAUCAAGACCUGCUGUUGGAAAUCUCCAUAGCAGGGGCACAGGUAGUGUCCAAAUCAAGCCCACAGUUCCACAGCCAUUUUCCCUUGCAACUGAGAAGCGUGCUUCUGUUGGAACACGUCCUGCUUUUGAAGAAGAUAGCAAGGGCAAUAACGAGAGAAAAUUUUUAAAUAAAAAAAACGUGCUAUCUCCCAAUAUGGUUAAACAGAAUCAGUUGAAAGCUCCUUUGGUUUCAAGAAAGCCAUUGCAACCUGAUAACAAGAAGCAUCCUGAUGAGGACGAUUCUUGUUCAGUUGUUUCUAUAACUGAAACUUCUCUUCAGUCAAUCAAGUCCAGGGCAACUGUUGCUUCUGCUCCUGUGUUCCGGUCCACUGAACGUGCAGAAAAAAGGAAGGAGUUCUAUUCAAAAUUAGAGGAAAAGCACCAAGCAAUGGAAGCUGAGAAGAGUCAAAGUGAAGCAAGGACCAAGGAAGAGAUGGAGGAAGCUAUCAAGCAGCUAAGAAAGAGUUUAACGUUUAAAGCAAACCCUAUGCCAAGCUUUUACCAUGAGGGGCCUCCACCUAAGGUUGAAUUGAAGAAGCUACCACCAACGCGUGCAAAAUCUCCAAAACUGGGCCGGCGAAAGAGCAACAUUGGUGGUGUUAAUUUAUCUGACGGGCACAAGGAGAAAGGAGCUUCUACUCAGAGAAAGCAUCAGACACUGAAGACCAACAACUAUGAUAGGAGUGAUGUGAACGAUGACAAUGCCUUAUGUGACCUGGAAAGCAAGACCAACCAAAUUGAAGAAAUUAAUGUGAAUAAACUAACUGGACAAGAGGACAUUGAGAUUUCCAGCCAGUCAAGCUUUCAGUGAGACUAGUUUCUCAUUUUUUCUAAUUUAUAUGUAUCUUGGGACCGGGGUCUUGUUUCUCGCAACAAGCAUGUUGUUCACUUUGUUUCCUUUAACUUACAAGCACUUGCUGCUGUGUGCAUUGUGUAAGUAGUGAAAAUGUUUAUUUGUAAUUUAUUUAAACUUAUUUGUAAAAGGAAAUCUUGUUGCUCAUAAGAGCUAUUUAAGCAUUUGUUUGUCUGCCUGAAGUCCGGGAUCAGACGGUUUGAAGUCAUCAUCAAAUAACG